CAGCUGCACUGCGCGUUGUGUUUUUUUUUCGCUGCAUGCUGUAGAGGGAGAAGACGAGAAGUUAGCUCUCUGUAAGAAAAGGAAAACAAGAUCCAGACCUGGGGAUAUUACAACGUGGUGUCUGAAAACUUUAUUCUGUUGAAAUAGCCCGGACAUUGAGAGAGGUGUCGUGGUGUGAAGGAGGAGAGGAGCCGUUCCACUCUGCAUAGAUUCCUAAAGCCAGGAGCGACCGUGGCUGGUGGAUUGCAGAUCUGGAUUCUGGACUCCAGGCCUGAGCAGGACUUGGCUUUCAUUCCUACUAUUACACCAGUAAGAUCUUUCUAUCAUUUGGGAUUGGGAAGACCACCUCUAAAAUGACUUUUGGACUAAACUAAAAUAAGGACUGUAGUUGUGCACAACUAAAUUAAGAGACUAAAGCUGCAGCAAAAGUUAAACAUUUUCUGGCCAGAUUUUUUAUUUUAAUUUUAUUUAUUCAUUUGUUAUUAUUUUUCAUUCUGAGUUAAUGUGGGGGUUGGUUGUUGAAAUUUUCAAUAAUAUUGGUACAGAAAAAUAAUUAUUGUGUGUCUGUGUAUUAUUUCUCUGAGUGAAGUCAAUCAUUAUCUACAGCCAAAGACCAAUUAAAUAUUCAGUGUAAAUACAUUGUCUUUAUCCUCGAACCAGGAUAUCACUUUAAGAUUUACUGUGGUAAUCCCAGACCUUGAAAUUUAUUUGUUUAGUUAUUGUUAGAGGCAUAUUUAGACUGUUACAUUUGCAUGGCUAAGAGAACUUUUACGUUGAAAAAAUAUUCACUAGACGUUUUCCUUGUAUUUGUGCUGACUUGACAAUGCCACAGUACCAACAUAACAAUAGAGUACCACAUUUAGAGACAGAACAGAUGAUAAAAUAAAAUACUAUAAAAUAUAACUGAUGCAUGAUGAGUGACACACUGAUAUUCCGUGUUUUGUGGCAUUUAAUGGGCGAGUAUAAUAUUUUUCAAUAGUAGCCUAUAGCAUUGACUAUACUUACCAAAAUGAGAACAAUUUAAAGUAAUAACAGGAAAUUACUUAAUUCAUAAUUCUGCAGAUAAAUAACAAUAAAAAAAACAAUCUUAAAUGUGGUCCAAUACUGUGCAGCGGUGAUGGGCGGAGACACUUUGCUGUGACCGACAGCAUCAUCCAGCAGUGUGGUGGAUGAGAGGAUAUAGGCUGCCCUGCCUCUCAUACAACACACCGUCGCACUCACUAAUUAGUGAUAAUUAACGCUAGUCGCUUUGAGUAGAGACCGACAGGAAGUAACUUUUUAAUCAGUUAUAGGAUACUUCAGGGUUUUUUUUUCUCCGUGUGGCGCGUGACUGAAAGGACGCUCGAGCAGCAGCAGCAGCAACCUGACAACUAGAGGCUCGAGUCUGAGCUCUGGACGAUUUUAACGGGCUCGUGUCUCCGCAGCAGCAUAGUUACAUCCAGAACAGCGUUAGUGAGCCGAGGCUCGGACUACUGCACCUCACACCGGAGAGUCUCUACGCUUUAAAGAAGAAGGAGGAUGAACACUAGGACAAACUGAGGUUGGAGCAUCUCAAGUGUCGUGGCUCUGCUGUGAUAAAUGUCAGCCUGUCCUGGUAUUUGUAUGGGUCUUUCUCCUCAACCAAAGGUGGAAACUAGGAAUGGUGUGUAGCCUACAGAGGAGUUUGGGGCUGGAUUUCCACCACAUCUACUGUUCUGUGGCCCAUCUCUCAUAACAAUACUGAUCUCCCCUGGUGGACUGAACAAACGAGUUAACUCUAACAGAGCUACGCCUGUCCUCAUUCUACUUGUGGUCUGACGGCACUCACCGACAUCAAAGCUCUCCGUUCUUCAUCCUUCUGCUUCUGUUAGAGAGGGGGAUGUCUGUUUUCUAACACCUCUAAGCCUGCUUAUCUUCUAGAUCUGUACAACCGCGACUCAACACUGGACAUGGAGGACUAUGACGUUCGCUCGGCCGCCAGCAUCAUGGCCUCAGUGAAAGAGCAGGAGGCGCGUUUCGAGCAGCUGACCCGAGCCCUCGAGGAGGAGCGUCGCAACGUCACGCUGCAGCUAGAGCGCGCCAACCUGCCUCCCAACACCCCUACCAGCCAACCGCUGGCAUGGCAGCAGGUGGUGAUGCAGGAGCAGAGCCCCAGCAACGCCACAUCCCUGGCAAUGAUGCAGGAGCCGCAGGAGGUGGUGGAGGAGACGGUCACCAUAGAGGAGGACCCCGGCACCCCCACCUCCCACGUCUCGGUGGUCACCUCUGAUGACGGCACCACACGGCGCACAGAAACCAAGGAUAUCUCAUCUAACGUGAAGGUGACUAAGAUGGUGAAGACGGUGACCACGCGGACGGUGCGUCAAGUGCCCCUGGGCCCCGACGGCUUGCCCCUGCCCGAGGGCUCGUCCCCACUAGGCAGCUACACCGAUUCCAUCGACCGGCGCUACAUGAAGAACGGAGGCGACCGCUUCAUCACGCCCCAAGCGACCUCCACCCUGACACGCUCCUACAACAACUCCUACAACGACUCGUAUGGCGAGACACCCGAGAGCCAGUACGUCCGCCACUACGGCCUGCACGACGGCUACGCCGAUUUGACGGACAACUACGGCAGCCUGUCGCGCGGCGUCAACUUCCGGCCGCCGCGCUACCCCUACCUGCCCAACAGCUACCGGCCGGAGAACAGCUACACGCUGCCCAUUCGCAAGGACGACUACGGCCACGUGGCCCAGCCCCAGGUGCCAAUGGGUAGCAGCACUGUGGAUCUGAACCGCUCGCAGCCGGAGCGCUUCCAGGCCGAGCCGUACGGCCUGGAGGACGAUCGCCGCAGCUUGGGCCCCGAAGAGGAGGAGCCGUACGAGCUGGAGCCCGACUACUCCACCGCCAACCGACGCACCCUGCCGGGGGCCAACCGGGGUCGCACCCACCGGGAACCUCUUCGUGAUGCGCCCCGAGUCAGAGGGUACCCGGACGAAGCCAUCGAGGCAGAGCUGAUCGAUGAGCGCCACCCCUACAUCCACGGCAUGUAUUCGGCGCCGCUGGCCCAGCCGGAGAGGGGGAGCAUGGCCAGCCUGGACCGCAUGGGCGGCCGGCGCUCGCCAUCCAUCGACAGCAUCCGCAAGGACCCGCGCUGGCGCGACCCAGAUCUCCCCGAGGUCAUCGCCAUGCUGGGCCACCCCAUUGACCCGGUCAAGUCAAACGCCGCUGCGUACCUGCAGCACCUGUGCUACGAAAAUGACAAGAUCAAGAAGGAUGUGCGUCACCUGAAGGGGAUCCCUGUUCUGGUGGGGCUUCUGGACCACCCCAAAUCUGAAGUCCACCGCAAGGCUUGCGGCGCCCUGCGCAACAUCUCCUAUGGCAAGGACAACGACAACAAGGUGGCCAUCAAGAACUGCGACGGCAUCCCGGGUCUCGUCCGCCUGCUGAGGAAGACCAACGACAUGGAAGUUCGAGAGCUCAUCACCGGAACCCUGUGGAACCUCUCGUCCUAUGAACCCCUGAAGAUGGUGAUCAUUAACCACGGCCUGCAGACCCUGACUAACGAGGUCAUCAUCCCCCACUCGGGGUGGGAAGGCGAGCCGAACGAGGACUCGAAGCCCCGCGACGCCGAGUGGACCACCGUCUUCAAGAACACCUCCGGCUGCCUCAGAAACGUGAGCUCAGACGGGGCAGAGGCUCGGCGCAGACUGAGGGAAUGCGAGGGACUGGUGGACGCCCUGCUGCACGCUCUCCAAUCAGCUGUAGGGAAGAAAGACAUGGACAACAAGUCUGUGGAGAACUGCGUUUGCAUUAUGAGGAACCUGUCCUACCACGUCCACAAAGAGGUGCCGGGCGCCGAAAGGUUCGUGGACCCCUCGGCGCCACAGGCCCCCGGCUCAGCAGGACCACAGAGAAAGAAGAAGGACGACGCCGGCUGCUUCGGAGGCAAGAAGGCCAAAGAGGAAUGGUUUAAUCAAGGCAGGAAAAACGGCGAGAACGACAAAAACUACGACACGUUGGAUCUGCCCAAGCGCUCAGAGCCGUCAAAAGGCUUUGAGCUGCUGUAUCAGCCGGAAGUGGUGAGGCUCUACCUAUCUCUGCUGACCGAGAGCCAGAACUACAACACCCUGGAGGCUGCUGCCGGGGCUCUGCAAAACCUCAGUGCUGGACAGUGGACCUGGUCCAACUACAUCCGGGCUACGGUGCGUAAGGAGAAAGGUCUUCCCAUCCUGGUGGAGCUGCUGCGCUCCGACUCUGACAAGGUGGUCCGAGCCGUGUCCAUCGCCCUGCGCAACCUGUCCAUCGACCGCCGCAACAAGGACCUGAUCGGAAGUUACGCCAUGCGGGACUUGGUGAGCAACCUGCCCAGCGGUCAGCAGCGGCCGGCCAAAAACCUGGAGGAGGACACUGUGGUCGCCAUCCUCAACACCAUCCACGAGAUUGUCACUGACAGCUCUGAAAACGCCCGCUCCCUCGCCCAGGCUCAGGCCAUUGAGAAGCUGGUCGCCAUCAACAGGACCAGCCAAUCAGCUCGCGAAACCAAGGCGGCGUCCCACGUGCUGCAGACGGUCUGGAGUUAUAAGGAGCUGAGGAACGCUUUGACCAAGGACGGCUGGAACAAAAGCCACUUCCAGCCCACAGCUACAGCCACCCCGAAAGCAACCAAGAAUGGCAAGCCAGGCUACGACGACACCACCCUACCCCUGAUGGAGAAGAACCAAGGCACCAGGAAAUGUGGCAGUGGUGAUAUGAUACCUAUGGACGAGCUGGGUCCAGAUGGCUACUCCACCAUUGACCAGAGGGACAAAGACUGCAAAUACAAGACAGUGGACGGCUCAGUGGACCAGACAGAACGGGAGCCGUUAAAGAAUGACACAAAUAGGAAACACUAUAUCAGGAGUAACAGGCCUGCGGUCAGUCUGGUGGACGCUUGUGAUGUUAAGCCCCAGCCUGUUGACUCCUGGGUCUAAAUGCAUGCAUGGCUUAAAGUAACAACACCCAGCUAGAGGAGGAUCUCUCAUAUCAUCACUGCCAUUUCACAUGGAGCUCAUCUUUGGAGUUGGACUUUGUACAGAAAAGAGGAUUUAAAAAGAAAAAAAUAAUGAUCGCAACAGCAACUACCCAGCAGCAGCCAGCAUUCUCAUGCUUUUCAGAAAAAGAAAAAAAAAAAAGAAUAAAAAGUGACUACUCCUACUACUUUCUCAUAUCUACAUUCCCACUGGACAUCAUGUGAAUUUUACAGUGUUGACUCUUGUUGAGCUCUACCGGUGACAAGAAACGGACAGAGGCCGGUGCUGAUGAAGGAACGAACGUAUGAAGGGCGAACAAAGUGAGGUGAAGGAAGUGAAUGGAAAAGGAAUGUGUGUCGGAAGGAAACCUGCGGGAGAAGAAAUGUGAAAUGUUUUCAUUUCAGUUUUUCACAUCUGGAAGAAGUUCGUGCCUCAAUUUUGUUGGUUUUGGAGAAUUUUACUUUCAGUUUGUUGUCAGGCUUUGGUGUUUUGAUGUGAACAGGUAUGGGACUGGUGUGUUUGAAGGCAACGGAAUGUUUGUUUUCAGAUUGGCGGGAUGGACAAGAGAAAGGAAAGACCGACCCUGAGAAGAGCUGUAGCAUAGUGGCUAAACAUGUACACCCAGCAGUCUGCUCUCAUAGACUUACAAUCCAUUUGGUUCACUGUGUUUAUUUAAAAAAAAAGUGCACUGAGAUGCUUUGAAAUCAAAAGUGGUUAACAUUUAUAAAGUGAGGAGUCUGCAAGUUGUGGUCUGGAGAAAAGGAAAGUGACAUAGUGUGUAGAUGGAGGAGCAGUUUCUGUUCACACUGCAUCGCAAAAGUAAGCUAAAACGGAAACAAACUGUUUCUGUUUCAUCGCGGUCAACACGUUGACCCUCACUCACGAAGCCGUGGUUACUCGCGUAACCACUCAAGUUGUGUAGCGACGCAGUUUCAUGAGUUUCCUGGCUGGUUGCUCUUUGUCAAUGAUGUGUAUUAAAGAGGAUAUAAGGCAUUUUGUUUAUAAAUGAUUUGUGUUUUUUGAAAAGAGAGGCGAGAAGAUUGUUCUCUUGUUGAAAGGAUAGAUCUAAAAGCAUUUUUUUUAUUUUUGUUGGGUUUUAUAUAAAUGUAUAUUAGGGUCAAAAGGAGAAAAAAAUGGAAAAAUGAAGGAGAGAAAAAAAAAAAAAUUACCGACUUCUUAGUUGUAUAUUAAUAUCACAUUGUUUGGAAAGCACAUCUCAUUUGAUAAAGGCUCACCAUGUUUGUAAACGAGAAAUAACCACGUAACUUAAAUGUGUGUCAAAUAUUGUCGAGUUACGCCGGCGAUCACCUAUUUAUAUUUUGUAUUUGUCAAAAAAAAGUUACAGAAAAAAGUUUAUCUGCAGUGUUCUUUCUAAAGGCGAUGAAGUACACGUUGUCUGACAGAACCAGACACUCUUUAGGGGUCAAAGGUCAGACUAACGGAACAGACAAGAGACGGCAGUGUUAAUAAAAGUUCCUUAACUUUUCAUCCCGAUGCAUUCAGACCAAGUUAACCCCGAACCCUCCUUCACUGGUGCAUCUUAAAGAGAAAUAUUCAGUCGUGAGCAUGAAGAAAAACUGUACAGAUGUUUAUAUUCUAUUCUUUCCAAGUGCCAGUUUUUUGUGGUGUCAUUUGGAUAUUAACUAAUUCAUUCAUGUGCAAGGAGAGCGUGCGGGAGGGGGAAAGCGGAUCUGGAUGUUCGAGGCGAAAUAAAAGAGUUGCAUCACACUGUACAAAAACAAAACAUCAAGUAUGGUCAUAUAGUAUAUAUUUUUACAACGUUUUACGGUUGGCAGUUGAGAUGAAGAAAAGCAGAGAGGUACAGAAUCAUAUUGCCAUUUUUCUCUUGGCUCGGUGAGGCUGAACACUAAACCGAUGUGUGCAGUCUCCUUUAGUCUGUCAGUGAGACAGAAAGAGAAACCCAAGUUGGUAUCACUCACGCGUCAUCAAGGCGAAUGGCAUGUGCCUGCAUUGAAGUCUGAUUUUUCUUUGUGGCGUAUGUGACUUUAUAAAGCUUGCAUAUUUUACACAGUGUUUACAAAGAUGUAUGUUGUGGUAAAAAUCAAUAAACUACAAAAAAAAACUUACUGUAUAAAUUUUAAUUUCAGAGGUUAAAAAACAAAGUUAUAAUACCCAGCAUCCCUUUCGUGUGUCCUCAGAAGUGUGUGCUUUCAUUUGGACAAUACUGAACCCUUGCAGCAAAGACCCAUAUGACUGUCUUUUCCUGACUGCACUUCGCAGCACCACAACCAAAGGAUCUGGAGUUGUAUUCACAUGCAUUCGUAAAAAAGGGGGGUUUUGGUUUUGUGGAUGUACGUUGUACAUUUUACAAAAUAAAGAGCCAAGUAACUGUGCUGUAAAAGAAAUGCAGGACACGGACACACAUCGAAUCAAACGAACCUACCUGUGUAGAUAUAACUGAUUCAAGACCGUCAAAAUAAAGUAACUGUACUACUCUGUAGCAGAUGUGUUUGUACCUAUCAUGUGCCUUAACCUUUUCCAUGGUAGAUAAAGAUAAGUGUGUUUUAUAUAACUUUAUUCCUCCCUUUCAACUGUCAUCUCUUCAUUCUUUCUGUUCACCUUUUGCCCCAUUCGCCUCCUGUGUCACCCUCCCUCCCUUUUUCCUCCACUCAACUCACUCAUUCAUUCAUCCUACACUCCCCCACCCCCACCCAACCGUCCCCCCCCCAACCCCAAGUAGUAUAGACUGUUGGUGGGUUUCUGCCUUGUAUUACAUUGUAUUAUAAACUUUUAAAAAGAUAGUCAUUCAAAUAAUGGUUUUGAUUUUCCUAGAGGAGUAAAGUUGUUAAUGCUUUCGUAGCGAGCAGAAGCGAUUCCACAGUGACAGAAUGUAUUAUGUUAAUUUUACUAAUACCCAGAGGCAAAUAUUACGCUUGUUAAACAUAACGGAAAAAUACUGGUUUGUAGAGUAUCAAUUUGGUGUGUUUUCAAUAAAUCAUGCCUGGAAAGAA